AUGUCCUCACUUUCAAUUAGCCCAUUUGUGUCUGGAAGGGGCCGUGAACUGUUCACCUUCCGACUGAGGAGGUGGAGCCACUGUCGAGUCACAGUGGCAUUGCCAACCCUUGCUAUGAACAUCACGGCCGAUCAACAGUUCAUUUACCUGGUUACCAAGAUGGAUGCUGUAGAAGGGGCUGCACAGAGUCCGCAGCCCGCCAGUGAUGAUUCCCAGAGGCAGAGGCAGAGGGAUGAUCCCACCCGGAACAGAUACGCCGGGCAGAGGCCCAUAAACCCAGAGAGGCUCAAGGACUUCGGGGAGGACGAGUACGUGGGCAAAGAUGUGAAGACUUGGGAACUGACAGUAACGGGCCACUCCGAAACCCUGCUCAACACUGGCCAGGACGUGACAGCCUACAAGGCCAGCAGGAGCCCUGAACCCUGCACUAGACAAGCUCCUUUCGAGGACAUCAGGACUGCUGCCUUUAAAAUCCAACACGGGAUCCAGAAAACUCCAUGCACGUAUUCCAGGCUCUCCAAACAGUACGGGAUGGAAAUCUACCUGAAGAAGGAAUAUCUGCAUCACACGGGCAGUGUGAAGGAGCGUGGCGUGUGGUACCUGCUCACCUCUUUGUCACAGGAACAGCAGAGGAAGGGUGUGAUCCUGGCAUCGGACAAUGACUUCUCCAAGGCCGUGGCUCACCACGCCACGGAGCUCCACGUCCCCGUCUUUAUCAUCCUGUCAGCCAACACCCCGCCGGGCAGAGUUAAGACCUGCCGCGAGUACGGAGCCAUGGUGAUCACCUAUGGCAGCGGUGCUGAGGAAUCCCGGAGCCACGCCCAGAAACUGGCCACUGAGAAUGGCUACCUCUACCUGCAGGAGGAGGACAGCACGCCAUACCUGGCAGGACUGGGCACCAUGGGGCUCGAGGUGUACGAGCAGGUGAAUAAGCUGGACGCCGUGAUUCUGCCGGCAGGCGGGCAGCGCCACAUCCUGGCAGGAGCCGCUGCACCCAUCAAACACCUAAACCCCGGCAUUACCAUCAUUGGUGUGGUACCUGAGAAUUACCCAACAUUACAACAAUCCCUCGGGGUAGGCCCCACUAUGAAGGAGUCAGCUUACACCAGCCACAGAUUCUAUGGAGAAUUGUUCAACUCUUCGUUUGGCAGCAGCACUUGUCAGAUGAGUGAGGAACUAAUAGAUAAAGUUGUUACAGUUAAGGAGGCAGACAUCCUGGUCUCCAUGCUUCGCCUCAUGGAGUAUGAGAGGGCCACCGUGGACGCGACGGGAGCGAUUGGCCUGGCCGCUGUCAUUGCCGGGAAACUACCCGAACUCAAAGGCAAGAGGGUGGUGAUUGCAGUCUGCAGUGGGAACGUGGAUGUACCACUGAUGCGGGCGUGCCUAGACCGAGCCCUGGUGCUGGACAACAGGAUGUGCAAGUUCUCCAUCCAGAUGUGUGACAACACCGGGGACCUGGCGAAGCUGCUGGAGGUUCUCACCCGCGAGGAAGUGAGGGUGUUGGAUGUCAUUCAGGAGCGGUCUUUUGUUACCUCGGAUAUUUUCAGCAUUAAGGUCACUUCUGUUAUCGAGGUCCGAGAUCGAUCGCAAAUGGUGCAGGUGGAGAGGACGCUGAGAGAACGCUACACCAAUUUCACCUGGGUGGAACGGGCUGAAGACUGA